CUUCGCUGCAGCCUAUCUGUUGGGUGGCUUUGUAUAAUAUAUAUAUACAUGGAGAGAUAGAGUGCCUAUAUAAUAUAUAUACAUACAUAGACAGAUAGAGAGCCUUGAAAAAGAGAGGGAGAGGGGGAGAGAGAGGGGGCAAUUGAGUGGUAGAAAGUGGCGGUGGAUACAUGGAGGAAUACAAGUUGGACUUUGUACUGAUACCAUUAGGUUUGAUGGUGUUUUGUAUAUACCACGCUUGGCUUCUCUUCACCAUUCUACGCUAUCCCAGACGAACCGUCAUCGGUAUCAAUUCUGAGAGUCGCUACCAAUGGGUCUUCUCCAUGAUGUCUGAUCCACUAAAAAAUGGAGUUUUGGCAGUUCAAACUAUACGCAACAAUAUAAUGGCGUCUACACUUUUGGCAUCAACAGCAAUCACUCUCAGUUCAUUGAUCGGUGUUUUCGUGAGCAACACAUCGAACUCGGCCUCUGCAUCAUCAGAAUUAAUUUACGGCAACAAAACUCCCCUCAUGUCUUCAGUCAAGUACUUUACUAUCUUGCUCUGCUUCCUCGUCGCCUUUGUUUGCAAUGUGCAGUCUAUUAGGUACUAUGCCCAUGUUAGCUUCUUGGCUACCUUGCCCACAUUACAAGAUAAAAGAGAAUCUAUCGAGUAUGUUGCGAGAAACUUGAACAGGGGUAGCUUGUUUUGGUCACUUGGACUGCGAGCAUUUUACUUGUCAUUCCCUCUCUUCCUCUGGAUUUUCGGGCCGAUUCCCAUGUUCGUUUGUUGCUGCUUAAUGUCAUUUGUGCUGUACUUCUUGGACACAACUUCCAGCUUUACAAGGCAUCUUCACAUUCACUCUAUGAAAGGUGAAAAAACCGAGGAUGUUGAGAUUGGAAGCUGAAAGGCCCUUAUAGAUUUAUAAAAAGCUACCCUUCAAUUAAGAGUAUUAUUUUGGAAAGAGAGAUUCUUGUAUUUAUGACACGGAUAGAAGUUGUUUGUAAAUUUGUCCUUGGGUCUUAAACUGCCUUCUUAGUAGCACAUAAUGUGUGUGUUCUCAUGCA